CUGCGCCGGGCUGGGCGCUCCCCGCCCGGGCUGCCGCCUUCUCAGGUGCGCUCGCCUCUCGCUUUGCUCCGCGGCGCCGCCGCCGCCGCCGCCUGCCCGGAGCCCCGCUCUCCGGCGGAGCGGGGAGCAUGGCGGCGAGCUGGAGAUCGAGCACCGCUCCAUGGCCGAGGAGGACCCCAACGGCAAGCAGCACCGGGCGGGGGCCCGCAGCGCGCCGGGGCCCGCCGGCUGGCCCGGCUCCGCUCGCCCGGUAAACGGUUGCAAGAAUGGAUUUCUGUUAUCCUUUGCAUCAUCUUGGUCACAGUUGACUUUCUGCUCCUGUUAAUCCAUUUUUCAGCAAAUCAUCUUUAUAAAAUAAUAGCAGGUAUAGUUGCUGGAAUUAUUACAGCUGAUUUUGCCUCAGGCAUGGUUCACUGGGGAGCUGAUACCUGGGGUUCCGUUGAUAUCCCUGUCAUUGGCGAGGCAUUUAUCAGGCCAUUUAGAGAGCAUCAUAUUGAUCCAACAGCAAUAACCAGACAUGACUUCAUUGAGACCAAUGGAGAUAACUGUUUGAUAAGCAUAAUUCCACUGGCCUUCAUGUUCUAUAAAUUCCUUUCUCAAACACCAGAAUAUAUACAUGAGACAUAUGCUUGGGAGUGCUUUAUGUUUGCACUAGCUAUUUUUGUCACAGUGACUAAUCAGAUUCAUAAGUGGUCCCAUUCCUACUUUGGGCUGCCUCUAUGGGUCACAGUUUUGCAAGAUCUGCACAUCAUUUUACCGAGGAACCACCACAGAAUCCAUCACGUAGCACCCCACAAAACCUAUUUUUGCAUCACUGCAGGCUGGCUAAAUUACCCAUUGGACAGAAUAGGAUUUUGGAGGAAAAUGAAAAAUAUCAUAGAAGCAUUAACAGGUCAGAAACCUCAAACUGAUGAUUUACAUGCAAUAAAGCACUCUUAAAGGAAAAAAAAAAAAGAACUACUAUGUCAUCUACAGAAAACAAGCAUCUCUUUAGCACCAUGGAUUUUAACCUCUGGCACAAUGAGUUUAUGAAAACUUUGAAACUCUGCAGAGCAUUGCUUGCAAUGUCACACAAAAAUUUGAUGAUUUGCCAGCUUGGAUAUCCUAAGGAGUUGAAAUACAAUGGUAUUUGGAACAUACAAUAAUUGAAUGUAAUUGCUAAUCUUGAUUGGUUUUAAGAGACUAUUAUGCCUGAUGUUGUAUUUAUUAGGACUUCUGUAUCCUAUUACUGUACUUGGGUGGAUACUCACAAUGCAUCUGACUUCAUAAAUGCACCCAGAAAAAAAAGAUAUGUUAAUUAACAUGAAGUACCUUUUGGCUUCAGUGCAAGUAAGAUACAUAAAUUGGCUUUGUGCCAUUGUAUGCUGAAGAGUUUGUAUUGUUUAAUUUGCAUGAUGCAAUGCUUCAGUAUAGGGCUAAAAAGUAAUUUGACUAGAUCUUUAUUUUUAAACAGCCGAAUUUUAAACUUCUGUGUUUUGGUCAUGAUUUUUAAACUGAGAUUCCAUUUGCCACAGUUUUGCAACCCACAAUGAUUUGUUCACUCAAUUUUUCCCUUUAAUCCGUUCAUUCAUUUAUUUUCCUGCAGGUAUAAAAUGUGGAGGCAAUCUACUGUAGGUACAAAAUUGCACCAAAAGAAAUGAAGCUCAGAUUAUCGUUCAUGCUCUUCAUAGUCUCAAGUGAUCGCCGAAUCUUUUUCAGCUGAAUGACAAGAGAGAAAUUGCACUACCCUUAACAAGUUCGUUUUCUACAAUUAUGUCAGCAGUCUAUGUACAUUUAGGGAGAAGAGUUGAACCAUUGCAAAAUUAUAUGACUCACUGGAGAGGUUAAAUCUUUUAUCUUAUUUCAUAGAGAUUUGUACCACGAACUGCCUGGACGUUUAAGGGAAAUAAAUAUCUUAUUUUCUUUCUCCAUACCUGAAAUGACUCCCUGUCAUUGGAGACCCUCAAGGUCUUAGCUCUUUUGUUGUCCAGCCAGUCCAUUACACCACUAUCCAUGGCCUUCCAGCUUGUUUCAGCCAUUUUUUAUCUUGUAGGCUGUGGGGGAGCCCCCUAGUGUGCUUUCAGAAGUAAUUGAGCCUGCCACUGCAAAGAGAUUAACUGCAAAUGGCUCACGUUAUUGCCCUACAUUUUAUAAUAAACUCAGCAAUUCUAUGUAAAGACACCUACUGCUGGCCUAUGUUAAUGAGGAUGCAGAAUGUGGAUACAGAACUGUGAGGUAAUAAUGUGGGUUUUCUUCCAUAAUGCCUUUGAAUGGUGUCCUGGCAACCAGAAU